AUGAGAGCUUUGUUAGACCCUGCUUUCAGCGAGUUUUUGCUCAACAUUGGCAAUGGAACACAAACAAUAGAUGAGGAUGCCCUUAUCACCAUUCCCACCUCCAUGCUCAUUGACAAACAUUCAAAAUCAGCCUCAUUAGAUGCCCUCAUUAACUCUGUUUACCCAAACAUUCAGUCCUUCUCUAGCUCAUGUGCUUUAAAUCAUGCAAUACUUACAACCAAAAAUAUAUUUGUUGAUGAGAUUAAUGACCUCUUGAUACAAAAAUUCCCAGGUGAGCCAACGGAAUAUUCCAGUUUUGAUGAAACAAUAGAUCCGAAUGACCAAACUCAACAUGAGGACUUUCUGCAUUCACUUACACCAAAUGGUAUGCCACCUCAUAGGCUUUUUUUGAAACCAAACACGCCAAUCAUUCUGUUAAGAAACUUGAACCCUACUGAAGGCUUAUGCAACGGGACUAGAUUAAUAUGCAGAGAUCUGAGAAGUAAUGUCAUACAUGCUGAGAUUGCUUUUGGAGACUUUGUUGGCAAAGAAGUUUUUAUACACUGA